GCAUUUAAGGUUUAAUCAGUUUGAAGCAUGGCGAGGGGUGAGGUGCUUGCUAUUGAAUUGAAUGAAAUGACUUCGAAAAGGUAUGAAAAAAAAUUAGAAGUACGUUUCAACACUAUGAGACUAUAGUUAUGAUUGAUUUGUCAAUUGAUGCCUCGAAAAUCGCGUCUCAUCAUUUAGCUACUUCGGUAAAAACUACGGAUGUAAGAAACUUCUUUUGUUGGAGCGACAGUGGGCUUAUUUCAAUAGACCCACAUUUAUUCGGUAAAAUUUUCGCACAGCCCCAUCCUACAUUAUGCAUUUAGUUCUAGAACAGAGAAAACGAUGACAAAAACAAUACAUUUCCAUCGGGAAAACAGAUUUGUUUUACAACAGUAUGGGGCUUUGCGGAAACUUUACCUUCGUUUGUUUCAUUCGAUAUUUCCUGAUAUUCGUUGUAGAAACUUGAAGCACCGAGCCAUUAUUGUUCAGUUUUAUUGUUUGCUUAUUGGAAUGAAACGUCUGAUGUCUCAGCUUAAUUUUAAAGAAGCUAUUUCACGUUGCGAGUUAGCACGUAGAGUUCAUCCGGGGUAAUGAAGGUGUCUUAAAAUGCAUUUCGUCAUACAGAGGGAAAUAAUGCCAUCUUUACGAUGAAAAAAAAAUUACCAGUUUAUCAAAUCGCUGUUGUUCCCAAUCUUAAAGGCCAACAAUCUCGAGUUACUUUUUUGUCAUGCACUGCUGUAUAUGAUGCUAGGCACUGUAAUUACAAUUUUAACUUGUUGAAAAUUUGUGUUCUGGUGGUGUCCUGAGAAUCUCAAUCAAUUCCAGGGCUUUAUCUCUCAACAAAAACAGAACCUGAAGAUUAUACGAAGCCCAUUAGAAGCAUCAAAUGAGAAAAGAAGCUAAAUCUUACAUUUUCAUCAAAUUUAAAGAACACAAACAUAUAUAACUGUAUUGCAUAGAGGACAGUUUCAUUCAUAAGUAUCCUAAAAGUAAAUUUAAAAAUUCAGAAUACAAAUUAAAGUAAAAAUAUUUUACAAGAAAGCCACCUUAGGAGUUUGAUACCAUCAACAAAUUUCUUUCUGGACACUCCAAAAACGAUAAAACUGGGCAAGGUCCAUUCAGAGGAAAAACACAUUGGUAUUGAGGUGAAAAACAGUGUAUUUCAAUAAAAUUUGCCUUUUUAGUUUGUCAAGUGGUAAAAUGAGACAAAUGGAAAAUAGCUGAUAGUAAUUUGCAUCAUUUUGUUACCAAUGAAUUGAGGAAUAUUAUAUAACAAAGAAGCCAAGAGUGGUUGUGAAGAAUCCUAAAAUUGACCAAUGCAUCCUUGAAUCAAGUAAAGAUGUGUAUAGGAAAAAUUCCUCCUUUCAGAAUUUGUUUUUGAAAUAUUUUUUCUGAACCUUUCGUUCUAUACAAAAAGAAAACUCUUCUGAAGCAGGCAUCUGAAAUCCUCCUUUAUACUCUUAAGCUUGCACAACCAAACAAAGACUUGGAGACUUAAAACUGUAGAAUCAAAGUAUCCGUAAGAUAUUCACAGCAUCACAAAGUGAGUCAAAUGUUAUACCUCCUGGCAUUUGCAACAUUUUAGGAUUAAAUGGAUUGCUUGAAACCUGAUGGGAAUGACUGCCAAUGGUCCAUUGGUGUUGCUAGUAGUUUCUCAAUUUUUACUGCACUUGCACAAGUAGUGAGAUAGCUCCUUUAAAAUUAGGAUCCUUUCUAUGAAUACAGAAAUCAUACUCAGUGUCUUCAAUAGGUUCAAACCUUAAUGAGUGGUGUUACCAUUUAGAUUUAAAGUUAAACCUUUUAUUACGGCAAUAGUUUGUUGCUUUAAGUUUCUGAUCAUUAUUCAUCCAACUGCUAAAAACUGAUAGAGUAAUAAGCUAUUGAAAAGGAAAAAGUUCAAAUAUUUUACUUAUGGGGUGCAUUUAGUAAAGAAUGUAUGGAAAAUUUUUUUAGGACCACAUCGAAUCCAGGAAGUUUUAACUCAUCAAUAUGCAUGCAAAGAUUCUUCAUUUGAUUCUGUUUUUGAUUGCUGUGAUACAAGAAUUUUUGGAAUGAAAUUUUAUUUUUCUUAGUUGUUGAUAUGAGCGGAGGGCUAGCACCAAGCAAAUCUACAGUAUAUGUUGGAAACUUACCUUAUUCCCUCACAAACAAUGACUUGCACAAGGUAAUCAUUUACAGCUUGGACCAAACAUUUGAAUAAUGAUAAUACUAAUAAUAAUAAUACUAAUAAUGACAAUAAUAAUAAUAAUAAUAAUAAUAUUUAUAUAGGAUAACCCUUUCAGCGUAAUAAGCGCUGGUAUUUAAGGAGGUCCCAUCAUUAGAGUACAUGAGUAAAAGUACAAAAGGUCUAAAAUGGUAAAAAUUCACUAAGAAUUUUCACCUGGCUUAAAAUAUAUAAAAAGAAGUAUACAUCUACGUAUAAAACUAAUCAUCUAAUUAAGGAAAAGGUCUCUAGUCUCACUUGAGAAUUCUGUGAAGGAUUCCUCUGAUUUGAUAUGUCGUGGGAGACUGUUAAAUUCUAUCACACCAGUAAAAUGAAAAGAUCUUUUGGCAACCUCUAGCUUGACUUUUGGAAUACAAAUGUGUUUUUUGUUUCAUUUUUUAUUGUUUCAUUGGAAUAUGAUUGUUCCUUUUUAAAAUUAGAAUUAAAAAAGUUAUUUUAGGUGGUGUGAUCAUCAAGGUGAGGGUGGCUGUUGGUUUGAAUGAUGUUUUGACAACCUAUGGAAAUAGUUAUUACUUAAUCAGAUUUACAUGAAAAGUGUAAGGUCUGCAGAAUGUUCUAAGCCUUCCCUCUUCAAUUGUGAACAAGACUUUCAACAUUCAACUUAAUAAACAACUUUAAAUGAUUGUUAAUGAUUAAAGGGAUGCAUGGCUGGGUAACAUGACAGAGCUGAAUAAAGUUUGGGCAUGUGCCAGGCUUUGGCGCAGAAAAUGACUUUUGAGUCGUUUGCAUUUUAGAUUUUCUAUUCUGUUGCUUCUAGGCAUUGUUUCCCUUGCGACUUUUCUUUUACAGAACAACUUCCAAAAACUUUGUACACCCCCUAAAUAUUUCCAAAAUUAAUUUUCUCCUUAAAAACACCAGAAAGCAGGGCGUGAAAUUAACUUUUUUUUCUGAUAGCCACUUGGCUCCUAAAUUCUUCAAAGUGGUAGCCAAUUCAAAAAAAGUUGGUCGCCAUUUUCAAAGACAAACAAAAUCUUUCUUUACGCUGUCAGCGUUCUAGAUAGACCCUCCAAAAUUAAGUUGGGGAAAAGAUCUUUAACGUGCUACAAGGUGGACACUAGGAUGGAUGAUAAACAACGUUCAGGCUCAUCUAAAUCCAAGAUGGCGUCUAGUUAUCGAUCGAGAUGCAUGUGCUACGUUUUGGAAACAAACUUAACGAGGAAGUUUGCCGCGGAUUUAUCUUUGCAAAUCUUUUUAAUUCACUAUAUCUCUUGGUAAGGUUAUGAUGAAACGUUCUAGUCGCCAAUUUGGCAACUAACUUUCAGGAUUUGGUUGCCAAAGUGAAAAAUUUAGUCGCAUUGGCGCCUGUAUUAGGCACAAUUUCACGCCCUGGAAAGAGGAAAAUGCCCUUAAUAACAACAUAAUACUUCUGUUUUAAAUGCCAGCCCUAUUUUUCUCCACAAAUUUUGCCAAAUUUUUAACUUUGAGUGCAUAUUAUUGUCCACAUAGCUGUGAGGUAGCAUUUCAUUAUUCAGCUCUGUCGGAUAACAUACAUGUUGUAAGUUGGCCAGGCUAGAACUUCAAAUGCUGCCGUUGAACAGAUUUCAUAGGAGGACAAGUAUGUAGAUGAGGUUACCAUCAGCAACUGAAAUUUUAUCUUUCUGGCCUCUUUAUCAUGUAGAAUCUAUCAAAUAGAUUCCAUGUUUCCAUGGGUCUGUACAGUGAUAGAUUAUGGAAGACAUCAGUAUUCAUUAAGAAAAUAAAUGACACACUCUGCUGUAGCUUGUGGGCCACUUUUUUGUUCUUACCAGAUUUUCAUGUCAUCUGUGAUCUAUUGUUGAACAAACUUACAGCAACAUGAAAUUUGUUUGUCAAUUUGAUCAAUUGGUUUGCUCUUCAUGGAUUUUUAAGGCUCACUUCCCCGACAAAACCAUUCAUACAAUGUACUUGUUGCUUUAAGUUUCUGAAGCAGUUCUGACAAUACUUUAUUUUGAAUGAUUUUGUCUUGUUACCAGAUAUUUGAAAAGUAUGGAAAAGUUGUGAAGUAAGUAUUUAGAUCUGCAUGACUACAAUUUAUAAAAUCAUUAAUACUGAUUGAAAAAAAUGAGUACUCUUUAAAGAUAGUUUGUAGAAUUUUGGCUUCAUCCUUCAAAUGCUGAUUACUGUACAUAUGAUACAAAAAGUUACAUUUUCAUUGUGGAUUUUUUUGAAGGGUGACAAUUCUUAGAGACAAGGAGACAAGAGAGAGCAAAGGAGUGGCAUUUGUGUUGUUCUUGGAUCGGCAGACAGCACACAAGGCAGUGGCAGCAGUCAACAAGAAACAGGUACAUUAUAAGCUACAUGUAAUUAACCCGUUGCACCUUAACAUUAGUAUGUAUAUUCUCCAUGUGGUUCUCUAUACAUUUCCUUAGGCACUGAAAUUGAGAAUUUGAUUUACAAUCAUAAGCUUCUUUAGUUUGUGAUCAAUUCCCUUUAUUUUCAUGACCUUAAUGUUUGAUUUAGGUGAUAUUGUAUGGAGAAAUGUGAUGUUAGUCCCUCUAAGGCUGAGGUUGGAAUACAAAUUGUUCAUGUCUCACUGCCAGCUUAUUACUUUGUCAAGUGCAAAGCUAGUAGUAAGACCCUUUACAGGUACAUCAUAAGAGCUGUUCACUUUUUUGUGUCAUUGUGAAUGGUCACUUUCUGAUAGAAAUUUAAGUGCACUGAUGUAGAGAUCUACAUACUUUAGUUUUUCAUUUGUUGUACAGUAAACAAGAAGAUUGGGUGGUGUUUGCACCUGUUAUCAAAACUGCUAUUUUCUGACAUUGUUGUUUCAGUUUUUAAUGCAUGUAAGAGAAUGGUUUUCUUCUGCAGAUGUUUGGUCGCACAAUAAAAUGCUCCAUCGCAAAUGACAAUGGACGGGCCACAGAGUUCAUUAGAAGAAAGAACUACCCAGACAAGUCACACUGCUAUGAAUGUGGGGUGAGGUUACUUUUGCAACAAUAAAAACAAUUCUGAAUAUCUUUUAGAAGAUUUUGAUGAUGAUGGAUUAGGGCAGCCUUGAUUAUCCUUUAGGAUGCUGAAGUGAUGGAAAACUGUAUUUAGGCAACUUGUCACAGGCAAUCAAGAGAGUACUUAUUUUAACUUUAAAACAUCCUCUAAUUUUUAAGAAUGAAGAUAUCCUUUUUCACCAUGAUCAUAUUUGUAAAAUGUGGUAAACAUUUCAGACAUUUCUUAAUCAUUCAACUGAAAAAAUUGGUUGAAUUCUGUAGUUGUUGGUGUUUGCAAACUGUAUGAACUUAGUGCUUUUGUGCUGUACCAAACCAAAACUUCUGUCAAAAUCUUGGAUGUGACACAGGAAUUUCUCUGUAGUAUUUCUUUCCAUGUCAGGUCCCAACUUGAAGAUUGUUUUCAGGUUAGGAGCCUGGUAUAGAAAGAGAUGCAUCUUGCUUAAUUUGUACUGCUCUGACACCACUACAAAUCUCCCUUGGGUAUUGAUGAUAGAGAUGGCAUCUAUAAAAGAUAGGUGUUUCAUAGAUAAAUUUCUGAUAGAUUGUAUGUAUUAGUGAAUGUGGUGAAAAUGUGCAAACGUUUAUUUAUCAUACAAUAGACAAUAAGGGCUGAAUUCUUUAGUUGUGAUGAUUGUAGGUGUCUGUGAACUGCAUGAGCUGAGUGCUUUUGCACAGUGCAAAACUAAAACAACUGUGAAAAUUUAGGACUUGAACUAUGGAUGUCUUUGUGUUAUUUCUUCCCAUGCCAGGUCCUAGCUUGAAAAUUGUGUUCAGGUUACGAGCAUGGUAUAGAAAGAGAUGCACCUUGUUCAAUUUAUUUGAUACUGCACUUGCACCAUUUCAUUUAUUCCCAUGAAUAUUGAUGGAAAGAUAGCUUAUAAUUAAAUGUUACCCAGACAGAUUUCUGAAAGAUUCUUUGUAUCUCUCAAUUGUGGUGAUAAUGUUUAAAUAUAAAUAAAUAGAAAAUAAUUGGUUAAAGGUUUUACUUGUUGUAGUUCGUGAGAUGUGUAAACAAAGUGGUUUUUGCCCAGUGUGAAAUUAGGACAUCUCUGAAAUCUAGGACUUGACACAUAAGAAUUUCUCCCCGUGCCAGUUUCUAACUUGAAAAUUAUUUUCCGAUUAAGAGUCAGAUAGAGAAAGGGAUACCACCUUGCACUUAUGCCAUGUCCCUUUUCCCCAAAAUAUUGAUGAGAGAUGUAGCAGAAAGAUGUUUCAGUUAUAUGGUGAAAAUAUUCAAAGAUUAAUUUCACAGACUUUAAUUGCGGAUUUUUGUGAUUGUUGGUAUUAGAAACUAAGUCAUUUAUUUUUUUUGCUCUUUACUAAACUAUAACAUCUGAAAUUUAGGACGUGACUAAGGAAUUUCUCUGUGUUCUUCUUUCUAUGCCAGGUCCUAACUUGAAAAUUAUUUUCAGGUUAUGAGCGUGGCAUGAAAAGAGAUGCACAUUAAUUGAUGUAUACUGCACUUGAACUAAUACGUUUUCCCCUAAAAUAUUGAUGAUGGACAUAGCAUGUAGAAAUCUUUGCGCGGAUGUCUCUUUGAAACAUGUACAUCCGUACAUGUAACAGCCGAAUGUGCUGAAAUUAUUCAAUUAUUUCUCACCAAACCCGAGACAACAGUUAAAAUUUUUAGUUGUUGUUGUUCGCGAACUGUGAUAACUGAGCGCUUUUGCUUGGUGUGAAACUAGAAAAUCUUUGAAAUUCUUGGAUUCGAUGCAAGUUGGAAAUUACUUUCAAUGACGGAACAUGCCCCAGCCAGAGAUUGGUUCUUCGACGCUUACAACAAACUAAUUGAACAAUUAGCACUAUCUCUGUAAAUGUAACAUCUUGUAUUGCCCUUGAAUCUUGAUUUUAUGGGUUAAAGAAAAGAUUGUUAUCAGGAAAGAGUAUCGUUCGGCUUCAUAUGGCAAGGUUUAGUAUUGUACACAGCCGAGUUAUAUAAGUGCUUUUACAGGUAAAUCACAUCGAUAGCGCGCUUUGUUCCAGCAAAUUUACAUUAACACAAAGUUCUCAAACGUAAGUGAAGGCGCAUGAGGGAAUGAAGUCGGUGUGUUAUUACCUACGAUCUUUGAAAAUGGAAACACUAUAAAAGUUAUGUCAUAGUAAGGCGUUAACAAACUAGUGUGUAAAUGACAUGUAUAUCUUUAAUCUUGCUGAUGAAAGGUUUUGCACGAUAUUCUUAGUUUUAGCCGAUUACAGAGCAAAGCUGAAUAUUUGCUAAGACCGAAAAAAAUGGCUUAAGGGAAAGAGAUCAAUGGAAAAGAAUGUUGGCUUCUAUUUGACCAAAUAAAGAUUUACCGAUUCAUCAAGAUUUAGAUGACUCAAGUGCAAUUCAUAAGCCUUUUGUUUGCUCUCAUUUCUUACAGUUACACAUUCACACCAUUAUCUUGGAUAUUGCCUCUAUGGUCGCGAUUCGAUACGGGUGACUGAUCUUCACGAAAUGAAGCUAGCUCCGGAGGUUUUCGUGAAAACUAAAAAAGGAGAGAAGCGGGAGAAUUCUUACGUCUUUCUUAAAGUUUCUCUUCUCCUAGUCACCCUAACGUGGAUGGUAAAAGGGGAUCCUUUAUCAACUUUGCCUCCAGGAGUUUCUUGAGUUUUCGUGGAGAUUUUCUUUUAUUCAUACUAGUGUACAACUACGAGUAAUCCACUAACUUCUUUUACGAUCUGGUGUUCCUUUCUUUAAACAGGAAUAUGGACAUUUAAGUUACCAGUGUCCAAAAAACAUGCUCGGAGAUAGAGAGCCUCCCCCGAAAAAGCAAAAGAAGAGGAAGAAGCAAGAGUAGGCCGAUCACUUUUUUAGUUUUGAGUGGAGAGUUUACCUGUAGUGCACCUGCGUUGGACGAAGAAUAAUCUUAGUCUCCCUAGGGAUUCGAACCACCGACAUUUUCGCGGUCGAAUGCUCUACUAUAGAGCCGCAGAGAACUCGAUAGGCUUUCUAGUCUCUCAGUCAGUAGACACCAGCCAAAAGUGGGUGUGUGGAAAUUGAGUUCGCGAAAUGAGAGCGUGGAUCCCGCAACUGCUUAGCAUUUUGCCAGAUUUUCGCGUGUCUACUUACUGAGAGUUGCACAGGCUGGCUCACAUGUGUCAAGCUCCAAAUGUACCAUCUUUCCCAAUACAUUUACACACAAAGCUUUAGUCAAACGUGACCCUAGCAAGACGUGAGCAGGACUCUUAACACCUCAAGUUAUACGUUUAAUUUUUUGAUGUGUAGUUCUAACUUUCUGUAGGUCGUCCAGACGACUCCAACAGCGUUUGGUUCUGUUCUGCUAAAAUUUGAUGAUCAAAAUUGUAAUUGUAAUUUAUUUAUAGCGAUGACUAUGAAGAAGAUGAAGACGAGGAAGAAGAAGAAGAUGCUGGUGAAGACCCCUACGAGUUCAGCUUGAGUGCUGUUAUCGACGAGUGCGCUAGAAUGGCUUCCAAAGAUGAACCAUCCAAUCAGAGCAGUACUUCUACCGGAGGCGGCAGCGCUAAAAAGCGCAAAAUUGUACAGAGUUCUUAUUUCAGUGACGAAGAGGACGAGGAUUAGAAACAAGCUUCUCCUUACUUCCUCACAAAUCAUUACUUCAGACUAAAGAGAAACUCAAGAUGUCGAAUUGGAAGCAAGAAGGUUAUUCUACGCCAACGCUACUAAGGAGUGGUGGACAUCUUCCUGCGGUCACCUGUAAUACCAGAGGAUCCCGCCAUGUUAACAGCGUGUGCAACACCGAGUGAAAUAUGUCGCCAAGAAGCACUGACCCUUUCUCAGAGUACACUCGGACAGCGGAGUCACAGAAAGACUAGGCAAGGACUGCUUGCAAAGUAGUGAACAUGUAUCGUCAUGGUUUUUCGAUGCUCGAACCAAUCUAAACUUAUGUUCAUCCUUUUUAUUGCUCAUCACGAUUACCAUAAUGAGCCUUCUCUGCUUAAUAAUACUUUCAUAAGUUUUCGCCUUGAAUUCAAUUUUACAACACUGUUGGAUACCUAAAGGUAUUUACAACUAAGUGUUGCUUGUCAGUGCAUUCUUUCAUUCUUAAAAUGUUUUUAUUGCUCUUCAGGCGUCGAGCACAAGAAAUAAAUUAAACUGCAAUAAACUGUUUAACUGAAAUAACUGGUUAUUUCAUGCGUUAUAAAAAUUAUUUAAAGGCCGUGAACACUCUCAGUGAGGGAGAGGAUAUGAAAAUAGGGAGAUCCCCUAUCUAAUAAGAAUUUUAAGUGCAUAGAAAUAUGCUUAGCAGAAUACUAAGAGCUGAAUAGAGCGAUUUAGAAACAUAUUCUGUGUGCUUUUGGUGAUGUGAUCAGUCUUCAGAAUUUUCCCCUUUAGAAGCCAGGGAGCAGACGUAACACGCUUUUCUCGGCCCGCGGGAAGAUUGGAGACGAGUCGGGGGGAGGUUUGUCGCGGAUCAGGCACUAAUAAUCAAUACAAGACCGUUUGUAAACCUCGAGCCGGCUCGCUUUGCUUUUCCCGCGGGCGAGGAGUAGCUCGUACCAAAGCGGUAUUAUUUUUGGGCCUGCACGCAGGCUACCACUCCUGGUGAACGAGAGUAAUCAACCGAUCGAUGUAUGAUUUGUUGAACAUCGUAUUAAAACUAACAUCAGAAGCUCAAAUACUUCCAUCGU